AUGAGGCUAGACCUCGCAGUCGUCGCGCUGACGCUGUGCGUGCCCACGUGGGCUGUGGCCGUCGAUACUGGGCUUCACGGAUCAGACGUUGCUUUCCUUGCCCCCAAAGCUGAGCGCGACAACUCCCAGUCAGAUGAGAAGCUGUGGAAGCGCAAGGGCGGCGGAGGAGGUGGCGGUCGCGGAGGAGGUACAUCAGGUGGGUCUCGCUCAGGCGGCAGUAAAUCCGGGGGUUCUUCUGGUGGUUCUUCUGGUGGUUCCUCUGGGGGCUCUAGCACAGGCGGUUCCAGCUCCGGUUCCGGGUCCGGCUCAAGCUCACGAAAUGGUGGUUCAGGUUCCGGAGGCUCGAGAGGAGGCACUGGUGGCGGCAGUUCUAGUUCGAGAGGUCGUGCCGGCGACAACGCCGGCGGAAGUACGAGGUCGGGCAGUGGGCCACCGCCGGCUUACGGUGGUGGCAGAUAUUAUGGAGGUGGAGCGGCAGUCCCCUACAGGGCGGGUGCGGCGAGAGGCAGCAUUUUGCCCUUCGUCUUGGUAGGCGGUGCUCUGGCCUUCUGGCCGGGUCUCUGGCUUGCCGGCGCAUACAUGUAUCCUUACAGCCACCCUUACCGCUACUACAACGAGACCGCGCGCGAGAAUCAGACGAAAGCCGUUCUGUGCGGUUGCGCCGAAGACCUGCCCUGCGGUUGCGAAGAAAACAACGCCACCGAUUACAUGAACUCGUUGCUCGGCAACGGAAGCUACGACGGCCUGAACAAGUCCGUUGUUAACAUCGGCGAGGUCAACGGCACCGAGACUAUCCUAAUCAAUGGCACCCUGCCCAGCGGCACGACCGCGUCCGGCGGCACCGACGAGGUUGGUUCCGCCGCCUUCCGGACCGCUGUGGAGACGCUUGGUUUCUGGCCUGUUGCUGCGGUUGUGCUGGCGACCGUGUUCGCUGCGUAA